AUGAAUUGAAGUUCGUUCCCGCGAAUGUUCCCUCUCAUUGAUGGCCCGCAAACUCUACCAUCAAAUAUAGUUCUUCUUCUUCCCUCCUUUUUUCUUCUCUCCCAAACCCAAAUCAAAUCCCUAAUCCCUAAUCUCUUUCUUCUUCAGUUAUUCGUCUUCUUCCUCUCUCAAUGGCCAUGGACGCUCGAAGCUCUAACUCUCUCUUCACUCACAUCGCCUCCAGAGAACUCUUCCGAGCAGUUCGAAAACGACCGCGUAUGGACGGAUUCGUCUCCGCUUUCAACGAAACCGGAUACGUCGCCGUACAGCACAACGCCGAAGAUACCAUUCCUCUCUCUCUCAUUCGGCAAGACUACGAAAUUUGCACACAUUCUUGCUGUGUCUGAUGAAGACGGUUAUGUUAGCUUGUUUGAUACUCGUCCCAAAUGCCCUCUUACCUCUAACUUUGAAGAAAACACAGAAGAAGAGAAGAUCUGCUAUUGGGUUUCGCAUCAGAAUGCUGUUUUUGAUAUUUGUUGGAUUAAGGAGGAUAUGCAGAUUCUCACUGCGUCCGGUGAUCAAACAAUAAAAUUAUGGGAUGUUCAAGAACAAAAGUGUCUUGAAGUGUUGAUCGGGCACAUGGGAAGUGUGAAAUCUAUGUGUCCCCAUCCAACUAAUGCAGAUAUUAUUGUGUCUGGUUCUAGAGAUGGAUCCUUUCGUAUUUGGGACUUGAGAUGCAAGUCCACUGCUAAGAGUAGGCGGAGAGAAGUUAACAUAUGUUCAAUGGGUGGUGUCAACGGAGCACAUGUUUCAUCUCAAGCACGACGAACUAGAAGGGGAAAGGCUGUUUCCAUGAGCAUUACGUCUGUUCUUUGUCUCAAGGACCAGGUUUCCGUAGCAACUGCUGGUGCAGUGGAUAGCGUGUUGAAGUUUUGGGAUACCAGAAAUUUGAAAAAUAGUGUUACUCAGACGUGUCCAUGUCCUCAGUCAACUGAAAAGCAAAGUUUGCACGGAAUAUCUAGUUUGUCCCAAGAUGAAAGUGGACUUUUUCUUUCGGCUUCCUGCAUGGAUAACCGAAUUUAUUUGUACAACACCCUUCAACUUGAAAAAGGGCCUGGAAAAUCUUUUUCUGGGUGCCGAAUUGAAUCAUUUUUUGUAAAGUCCGUAAUUAACCCUGAUGUGUCAAAUAUUGUCAGUGGUUCUAGUGAUGGAAACGCAUAUGUUUGGAAGGUUGACAAGCCUCUGGAAGAUCAUACUAUUUUGAAAACUCACGAUGGUGAAGUUACAGCAGUUAACUGGUGUAGCUCCAAAUUUGGCAAAUUCGCAACUUGUUCUGAUGACUUUACAGUUCGGAUAUGGAAUAAAAACAGUUACGUCUCUAGAACACAUUGUGCAUCUACACAAUGUGCAUCUGCGGUCCCGAUAAGAGGAAUGGCAAUUCCUAGUACAGAGUGCUAAAUAAUGGCAAAACAGACGAAGAUGCUUUCUUACCCAAUCAUAAACUACAUCCAAUUUCCUCAUCCACUCCAAUCACACCACCUAAAGUGAACUUCUUAUCUGAAGGCCACACGAACCAACUUCCCUCCUCAGGAUUUGAUCCUAAUGCAGCUUCUCAAAAAACCCCUGAAUCUACUUUGAAGAGUCCCUCAUCUGUAUACUAAGUAAAACAUUUACUAAAACUACUUUUAAAAAGGUGGAAAGGAAGUUCUACAUUAGCUGAAACAGGAGAACACAUUACAUUUAAACGAAUUCAUAUCACUAUCAACAAUUUUUCAGAACAUAGAUACAAGAAAAUUUGUAUACUUUACACGCGAGAGAACACGAUACUGUGAAAACUAAGACACUUCAUGUGAAGUGUGUUAAAUUCUGAGUGACAUAGUGACACACCACAACUUAAUAUAACAUUACUGAUUAAUGUAUAGCUCUUGUUUCACAAUGGAAUAGCAUCCUAUAAGACCUGUUGGUUCCACUAAGAAUUGUUCAUGAAAUGUGCCCAUUCUUUUGGUAGCAAUAUCGAUUCCAAGAUCCUUGAAGUUCGGCAACCCCUCUACUUGAAUACCAUCUCCACAUAUGGGAACUGGUUUCCAAUUAUAAAGGAUCCUGAAACUCUGAUUGCCACUCCAUCUUCACCGUGAGCACGGCAUUGAAGCUUCUCAACAUGCACCAACUUUUCAGGAGGCUACUCACCAACCAGUGUGGCUCUAAUACUUGAUAGAGAUGUAAAGAUGGUACUUGGACCACAAUGUUGUUUUUCAGAGAAACUACAAAAAGUACAAGUAUAAUGUUGUUAGUGGUUAAGAUUUUGAAAAUCUUUUUAUGUAUUGUGAGGUGUGAUUUGCAAUAGGUUCAAUAUAGUGUAAUUACAUGUU